AUGAGUAGCCAGACUCAAAAGCUCAAGCCCGCGGCUCGAGUCCAAGGCCAGAAGAAGGAUGUUUGGUCCAUGAUCAAUGAGGCCGCUGCGUCUUCACCAAUCCAGCCUAUUGUGAAUUUGGGUCAGGGUUUCUUUGGUUACAACCCUCCCGACUUCAUCCUCAACGCUGCCAAGGAGGCUUUGGAUCGUGUUGAGUGCAAUCAGUAUGCGCCUGCUAAGGGACGACCGCGGUUGAGGAAGGCCCUUGCGGAUGCGUAUUCACCGUUGUGGAGUCGUCAGUUGGACCCUGAGACUGAUAUCAUCGUCACCACUGGUGCCAAUGAGGGUAUGCUGAGUGCGUUCAUGGGUUUUAUCGAGCCUGGUGAUGAGGUUAUUGUGUUUGAGCCAUUCUUUGAUCAAUACAUUAGCAACAUCCAAAUGCCCGGCGGCAAGGUCGUCUAUGUUCCCCUUCAUCCUCCUGAAACAGGAGCUACAAAGAACUCUUCUGCCGCAGACUGGACAAUUGACUUUGACGAGCUCGAGAAGGCCUUCACACCCCGCACCAAGAUGAUUGUCAUCAACACUCCCCACAACCCUGUAGGCAAGGUCUUCCACAAGGACGAAUUGCAAAAGAUUGCCGAUCUGGCUGUCAAGCACCAGGUUAUUAUUCUCUCAGAUGAGGUUUAUGACCGUCUUUUCUACGUACCGUUUACGCGAAUUGCCAACCUUUCUCCUGAGGUGGAGAAGCUCACUCUUACGGUUGGAUCUGCUGGAAAGAACUUUUAUGCCACUGGCUGGCGUGUUGGUUGGUUGAUUGGCCCCCCAGAGCUGAUCCAGCACGUCACUGCCGCUCAUACCCGUAUCUGCUUCUCGACACCCGCCCCCUUUCAAGAAGCCGCAGCCAUUGGUUUCGAGCAAGCCGACAAGAAUGGUUUCUGGGAUGAGACCAUCAAGGAGAUGAAGGCCAAGGUCGACCGCCUCAACGAGGUAUUUGAGGAACUCAACCUACCCGUGACAUACCCCGAGGGCGGCUACUUCCUGCUCGUCAACAUGGCCAAGGUCAAACUACCGGAGGAUUACCCCUUUCCUCCGCACGUCGCAAGCCGGCCUCGAGAUUUCAAGCUGGCGUGGUUCCUCAUCCAGGAGAUUGGUGUUGCGGCUAUUCCUCCUACAGAGUUUUAUACUCCGAACAAUGCGCACUUGGCGGAGGAUUACAUCCGAUUUGCUGUGUGUAAGAAUGAUGAUGUCUUGGAGCAAGCUAAGGAGAGGCUAAGGGGGUUGAAGAAGUACAUUCAAGAAUAA